GAGUGAAAUGUCUCUUAGCAGGCGUGUCUUCCACUCCAGUCCUCUUGGGAUGACUUGGGAGGGGCAGGCACAUCCAAGGAGCUGCUCAGUAAGGGAACAGCCCGGGAAAGGUUGCAGGUAGCAGCUCCUCACAGGUUUGACAAGAUCCAGACUCAGUGCGGCUGUGGAUUCCGGCUGCUCUACAAAUGAUUAUUUCUUCCUAAGAACUGACUCUCCAGCACUUGCUAAGAUCUCUGAGUAGCAGAGGACUUGGCCUUGCCUAAGGGGCCUGAUGGACGGUGGGAAGUAGACAAUCUAAUAGUGCUCUGUGAAGUGGAGCUCCCCACCAACCAGAGGCGGACUUCUCAUCUGGCAGCACUUCACCUGUGAACUCUCUUAAAUUUCCUUUAUUGUGAAAUUAAAAAAUAAAACAAAACUGGGGUAAAAGGAAAUCAUUCAUCGAAACAACUUAGCACCCUUUUCUCACACAAGUUGAUGCAAAGGAUACAUAAGCCUGACUCCCCUGGGUUGUGCCAUUAACUCCAAGUAACAGCGGAGGAGAGGGACAAUGGCUCUGAGUGGGAACUGUAGUCGUUAUUACCCUCGAGAACCAGGGGCUGCAGUUCCCAACUCCUUCCCUGAAGUCAUCGAGCUGAAUGUUGGGGGUCAAGUUUAUUUCACUCGUCACUCCACUUUAAUCAGUAUCCCUCAUUCCCUCCUGUGGAAAAUGUUUUCCCCCAAGAGAGACAUGGCUAACGAUCUGGCUAAGGACUCCAAGGGAAGGUUUUUCAUUGACAGAGAUGGAUUUUUGUUCCGUUAUAUUCUGGACUAUCUCAGGGACAGGCAGGUAGUCCUGCCUGAUCACUUUCCAGAAAGGGGAAGGCUGAAAAGGGAGGCUGAGUACUUCCAGCUCCUAGACCUAGUCAAACUCCUGACCCCGGAUGAAAUCAAGCAAAGUCCGGAUGAAUUCUGCCACAGUGACUUUGAAGAUGCGUCUCAAGGAAGUGACACGAGAAUCUGUCCCCCUUCCUCACUGCUCCCUGCUGACCGCAAGUGGGGUUUCAUCACUGUGGGUUACAGGGGCUCCUGUACCUUGGGUAGAGAGGGACAAGCAGAUGCUAAGUUUCGAAGAGUUCCCCGGAUUUUGGUUUGUGGAAGGAUUUCCUUGGCAAAGGAAGUUUUUGGAGAAACUUUGAAUGAAAGCAGAGACCCUGACCGAGCCCCAGAAAGAUACACCUCGAGAUUUUAUCUGAAAUUCAAGCACCUGGAAAGGGCUUUUGAUAUGUUGUCAGAGUGUGGAUUCCACAUGGUGGCUUGUAAUUCAUCGGUGACAGCAUCUUUCGUCAACCAAUAUACAGAUGACAAGGUCUGGUCAAGCUACACAGAAUAUGUCUUUUACCGUGAGCCUUCCAGAUGGUCAUCCUCUCAUUGUGACUGCUGCUGUAAGAAUGGCAAGGGUGACAAAGGGGAGAGUGGCACAUCUUGCAAUGACCUCUCCACCUCUAGCUGCGACAGCCAGUCGGAGGCCAGCUCUCCCCAGGAGACGGUGAUAUGUGGGCCUGUAACACGCCAGACCAACAUCCAGACUCUGGACCGUCCCAUCAAGAAGGGCCCGGUGCAGCUGAUCCAACAGUCAGAGAUGCGACGAAAAAGCGACCUGCUUCGGACUCUGACUUCCGGCUCCAGGGAGUCGAACAUGAGCGGCAAAAAAAGGGCUGCCAAGGAGAAGCUCUCUGUUGAGGAAGAGCUGGAGAAAUGCAUCCAGGAUUUCCUUAAGAUCAAAAUUCCAGAUCGCUUCCCUGAGAGAAAACACCCUUGGCAAUCUGAACUUUUGCGGAAAUAUCAUCUAUAGGGGAGGACUAGGGUGGGAGAGGAAAAAAAAAAAGUCACCAUAUUGAAAUAAACCUGAAAGAAAUUCAUAUUUUAAGGGGGUAAAAUGACUAAUGAACUUCAUUCAUUGGAACACAAUAGUCCAUUGAGACACUACUGCCUACUUUACCUAGCUCACCUUAACGUGUCAGUCCACAGGGUAGAUUUCUUUCCGGAUGUGGAAAUGGAAAAUCGUUGUUGUUUUGUUAACUUGGUCCCAUGUGUUGCAUAACUUAUACAAUGAAAACCCGCUCCACCAGUGGUAGCUGACUGGCUUUGGGAAUCAUGUAUCCUAACCUGGGUCCCCCACCACGCUUAUUUUCUACCUCCCUCCUUUGAACAACAACAGGCAGUAGAAGAGAUCUGACCCUGUUAGCACGUUUGGGUAUUUUAAUUUUUUUCUUUUGUGUUUUUGGGGUGAAGUGGAGGGGGAAAUGGUAGAUUUAUAUAACUUUUCACUUAAAUCUACAUGUACCAGUUUAUAUUGACUGUAUGCAUGAACAUUUGUGUGCCACAAGCGCAAGACUGUACAUAUGCACUAAGCACAUGACCCAGGGCCUGGGCAGCCUGAGACCUAGCCACUGCUGCCAGCAGCCCCUCCACAUCCACUCAAGACAGGCUCGCCCCUGCCUCUUUCUUAAAACCCUUCUGGGCAGAUUUCCCUGCCUCUCCUGGCCACACAUUCCUUCAUUAUCAAUAAUUUGUCUUCCUUAUUUUGAAAUUAAUGGCCUCAGGCUUCGUUUUAAUACUGUACUGUCUCUGUGUUAGAUGCCAUAGUCAAACCUUCCUUGUAUUUUACAUUCAUAUACUCAAGCACAGCCACUGAUGGCCCAUGCUCACCCUUUUCCAUUCUGAGUUGAAGUAUCUCUCUUCUGUGUUUCAGUUUUAGCUUUCCUGUAUUUUAAUGGCAAGACCUUUCUACACAACACACGGUUUUUGCAUUUUUGUGAGUUGUGGAGCUAAGAAUAGCACACAGUGGUUGAAAACUAAUGUGUCCUUUUGAUUGUCUUAGAAGAUUUGUAUACCACAUACAUACUAAUCAGUUCUCAGAAUAAUUUUAAAUAUCACUACAUUGUUAUUUGAUUGUAGCUAAGUUUGGUUGCCUUUGGGGUUCUGGGUUUUGGCUGUGUCCACACUAGGAUUUAGUUGUAUACAUUUUUAUAAUGCCUGUAAUGACCCAAAUAGAUGGCUGGAGCUCAGAGGUUAAGGUUUUGUUUUUUCUAAACCUUUUUUUUUUUUUUU